GGGAAGUUGCUGCAACUGCUGCUCGCGCUUCUAACCACCAGGAGACAACCUGAAUCAUCCUGUUCGACUGUUCUUCACCCUGCCAGCCGUCCACCCUUUUCCCAUCCUGCCGAUCCUACCUUUGUCCUCGUGCCUUAACAUCUGCAAAACAGAUUCCUCGCUUCCUUUACCACCACGAGUUCUCCGCAUCGACUGAAUCAUCUCGACUGAAGACAGCGUGACCCUUUUCGAAUCUCACAGUCAACCAACAUGGCUAGAUGAGAGAGGCACAAGCAUCCGAGCGCCAGAAAGCGCAUAAUGGCGUGGCAGCCCGGGGCUGGAGGGGGCGGCGUAGGAGGAAUGGCCGGCGGAGAAGCGAACGGAGUUCAAGCAUACACACUGCAAGGUGUGAUGCGAUUUUUGCAGACAGAAUGGCAUCGACAUGAACGAGACAGAAAUGCCUGGGAAAUCGAACGCGAAGAAAUGAAGAACAGAAUAGCCAUCCUAGAAGGAGAGACAAGAACGAGCAAAGGCAUGCGGGUCUCCCUGGAACGGCAUGUUAAAUUGCUGGAAACAGCUCUCAAGAAAGAGCGGGAGAAGGCCAGAACCACCAGCAAAGGUGAAAUAGUUGACAAUCACAAGGAGGCCAAAGAACUGGCCAGGGAAGAGUUGAAGGCUAUUAGCAAGGAUUCACACGUCAAAGGAAUCAGCCAGUUCGACGCCGAAAUCGAUCCCGAGAACCACUUGGCCCAAGGAAUCCGACAAGAAAAAGAACGCGACAAGUCCAAAAGCUUCCUCUCUAAAUGUUCCUCGGAAAUCACGUACCACGUCCUGCCUACAGCCCACGUACUGCCUGAGGCUAAUGACCUUGCGGCCUCGACCAACGGAAAUCAUGUUUUCCAGGGGCGGCAACCUUCGCAACAAGAGCUUCAAGAAGCAUAUCUACAGUUACAACAGGUAAAACAGCAGCAUCGAAAUGUGGCAAUGGUCCGAGAAAAUCCUGCUCAACAACCAACGCAGUUCAUCGAACCUACACCUCUGAGUAGGACGAGCACACAGAUCAGCACCUCGGAAAUACAGCCUGGCGCAGCUGACAGGAGGUUACCUGAACAUAUCGUCCAAUCUGUGGCCAUGGUGGAACCCAGGAAAAAUUUCUACAAUGAGCAGAUCCCGGUGGUCGAGGAUCAAGUGGAAACGAUCACUCACAGUUUCGAUGCCUACGGACAAGAAAUUCCUCUGAAAGACGAGACAGAGAUACGGACAAUGGACGCACCCAAGCAAGAAAUCGCGGACGGAUGGGAUUUUGAUGACGGACCAGCGCCUUCCGAGAAGCUGUCUGAAGUAGCUUCACCACACAGACCAGAUACCGAAGUCUUUCCCAGCGCCAACAUGAUUCCUUCCAAGUCUCCGCCUCGAGCACCAGGGUCCUAUCGUCGAAAGAGCACGGGAGCAAGACGGCGCAGUGAAGGGAGCAACGAUGUGCGAGACUUGGCAGUCAAGCCAGAUGCGUCACAGUUCAAAGUUAGGUUUGCUAUGAGAGGACAUCUGGAUGUCGUCCGCUCAGUCAUCUUCACGGGCGGCGGCAGCCCCUCUGAGCCUGAAUUUUGCACAGCUAGCGAUGACGGCGGAGUGAAGAGAUGGCACAUUCCGGCGUCUUAUGGUCACAAUGUUUCUCUUGGGGACGAUUUGGACAGGAUUGCUCAUUUCACACACCGCGGUCAUAUCGGAGCUGUCUGUUCGUUAGCAGCAUGUCCGGCUUCCCCGAAUUUCUCCAGCGGUGGGCGGGCUGUGGGAGAUGGCUGGAUCUUCUCCGGCGGUGAAGAUGCUACUGUCAAGGUUUGGGAACGCGGUCGGGUCGAUGCAAAGGCCACUUUGGAAGGCCACAAAGACGCAGUCUGGGCGCUAUGCUGUCUACCGGGGUCGACGGGCACCAUCCUCGGAGAUCGAUGUUCACAAUUUGGCGGACCGGAUCGUGUCCUCCUCGUGGCUGGCGGUGCCGAUGGCACUAUUCUGAUCUGGGCUGUCAGUACUCCGCCGCAACUGAGCUCGCCGCAAGCCGGAAGUCGGUCGGCAAGGGGCAGUCGAAGAGCCAACUCGAUAUCUGCAGGCUCAAAUUUCCCCAGUUCGCCCCAACCGAGCAUUGCCAGCACGACUCCUUUCAACUACAGUUUAGUGCAUCGCAUAGAACGAACAGACAAACCGGCGCCUACGUCGAUUUCACCGUUGGGCGCGCACGGCGAAAAUUUUGUUGUCGGAUACACGGACGCGAGUGUCCUGGUGUUUGACACGCGGACGGGUGAAGAAAUUGUUGGGAUGGCCAGCCAGGAGACUUACGAUGGUACGCCGAACACGGGUAUCAAUGUAGUCGUCGCCAGCAGCGCGGGAUUUGAUACACGGGACUCCGUUGCACCCGGCCGACGUGGAUCGAUGGGUGAAGAAGAUGUGGUCCACGGUGCGACAGGUUCAGAAGGUGGUGUUGAAGGUGUCGUGAUUGCUGGUUAUGAGGAUCGGUAUAUUCGUUUCUUUGAUGCAAACAGCGGACAAUGCACAUACACCAUGCUCGCACAUCCAUCGGCGAUUUCUUCCUUGUCAUUAAGUCCGGACGGCAAAGAACUGGUAUCAGGCGGUCACGAUGCAAGUUUACGGUUUUGGUCUCUCGAGAAACGCAGUUGUACACAAGAGAUUUCGAGUCAUCGCAUUAUGAGGGGAGAAGGGGUAUGCGGUGUCGUCUGGAGUCCUGACGGAAGAUGGGUCAUUAGCUGUGGUGGUGACGGCGCUGUGAAGGUGUUUUCGAGAAGUUGAUGUUGGUAUGAUGACGGCGAUCAUGGAGAUCUGUGAUCUGUAUCCAUUUUGAAGAUAAUGAAACCUGACACAACUCCUCUCAAGUGUUCUGGACUGCAUGCGCGAUUGGGGCGACAACUCGACGGUCAUGAUGACAUGUGGAUGAGUUCUUCUUGGCUUCUUAGGCGACCGUUUCGUGUCUUUGGCCUUCGGGCAAGUGACUUGCUUUUCCCUUCCUCCUGCUGGAGUGCCAUCAGGCUGAAGUCCAAGGUCUCGCUGGCUGUUUGGAACUAAUCCUGCAUGGCACCCUAUACAAGUUUCAGCUCUGGGACGGCUCGGCACUUCGGUCCGUCGAGGAUAAUGCGAUAGACUGAUUGAGAGAUUAUUAUAAAUACGAAGCUAGUAUGGAGUUAGAGAGCGAGUGCCUUGAAGACCAAAACCUCGACAUAGCCAGGUGGACAGCCACUCUUUAGUUUACCAACAAGCUGUGAGCACCAUGAUGGGCAGCCCAUGUAAAAAACUCU